AUGGGGGACGCGCAUCGCAGGAGGAGUCCUCCAUUUCCUUCACCAACCGAGACCGUGUCGCCUGUUGCAGUGCCCCAGCCUUACCACCUUCACCCACGAUCGCCGUCCAGUUACCGCACCCCCCGCGACCACGAUCAGGAUGGAAGUAAAUUCAUGGAUGAAAUCACACAGGCGGUGGAUGGUCUCUCAAAACAGGGUGGAAUGCCUCCAUUAUCGCGCGGGGACUCGGCAGAGCAGGUGGUUGGUCUGACCCCGGUCACCGAGGAUUCUCGCUUUCGAAGCCAGACACACGAUGAUCAAGGGCGGAGUUCACAAACCCUCAAAGAAUUACGAAGGCAGAUGGAGGAGUUGCUCGUGUACCAACAGAUGCAGCAACACCAAUCGUCCCACACUGCUCAUCUUGCGAGCCAGUCAACCGAAACCCCACGAAAAAGACGGUUAUCGAACACAUCCCUUCCUGACGUUCCACCUGCAACGGCACCGCUCGCGUCAGGUUUGAUGGGAUCGGGGGGAACCAUCAAAGGGGAUGCUGUAUCUCCUGGUCACACAUCGAGUCAGACCCCGUCCUAUCCCUUCCCGAAGAUGCGAAACCAGAUCACUAGUGCUACUCGGGCGGGACCCGAGCAACCGGCUCGCCAGGAACAGUUUCGGUUGAAACUGCCGUCUGAGAAGCUCAAAGCCUCCCAACCCUCGACCCAGCCUGUUGAGUUCUCCGCCCACAAGGGUUCCGAUUCGAACCCGGCCUUUUUACCUUCUCAGCAGAAGAGCGUCAUCGAAGAUCCCACAUUUAUUAGUCCAAAUCUUUACGACCUGACACUGAAGUUGAAUGCGGACCCGGGUCUCGAAGCAUGGUGGUCCAACCUGGUUGAUAUCCUGCAAGCGCACUAUGGCGCAGAGCGUGUGUCGCUGGCCGUUCCGGGAGAUGUAACUGAUUUAGAGAAUGUGCCAUGGGGUCAGAAGGCUGUGUUUAACCGGGAUGGGAGCGCCUCGCUGGAGACCACCCGUGCCAACCUUGGCCAUGCUUUUCCCGUGGAGGACUCCGGCAGCCACAAAAACGGUGAAGUGACCCAAAGGACGCACGACCCACCGACUUUCCAUGCCAAAACCCCUGGCUCAGUCUCUUCGCCCAGUCGGCCGUCUCUAAUAUCACGUCACUCGUUCGCAGGCUUCGGCAAGGAGAAAAAGCACGUCCAUAUUGUUGGCGAGUCUGCGCCAAACGAAGCGACCGUGUCAGGGAGUAGCCAACGACAAUCAGCAGUUCGACCUGAGGACAACGACCUCGUCAACACGCCUCAAAUCAGUGUGCGGCAAGCGGUUUUCCCGAUAACGCGUCCGUUAGAGGUGGAGCCCGAUCCGCUAAUCAAGCGAACGGGCGUGGUCAGGCUAUUUACACGCACUCGCCCGGUCAUUUUAACCCGGGACUAUUCAGCUGAUCUGAAAACGUUGCAGCAAUGGCGAGACCCUGCCAAAAGCCCACCGGAGUCGAUUCAGGUCACUCCCAAUGCUGAUGGUCCUGAGGGACCUGCCAAGUCUGCGACAGGGGCUCCUAGGCAAGCAACACAUUUUUCGAGUUUGAGCGCGUGUGGAUUGCACGUAUUCGAUGAGUACGAGCAAAUGCCGCAGUCCCCAUGGUCUCAAUCCCCGGCUCCGUCGCCAGCCCCUCGCACUCAUGCCGACCAGAACCCUUUCUUCACAAACCACACAGUUGACGAAGGGGCCUUCUCGAAGAACCCCCCGGCGCAUGACUACUCCAAUACCCACCCAUUGGAGGCCAUUGGGAUCGACCAGUCCAAAACGGUGGUUCAUAUUCCGCUUUUACAUGGUGGACACUCGAACCAGACUUCUCCAUCCACACUGAGAUUUCCUGUUGCUAUUGUCUCCCUGUUGUCGACAAUCGUGCCCUACCCUUCUAAUCUAAGACAGUCACUGGCACACCUCAUGCCACACCUGACGACAUCCUUUUGUUUGGCCCAACAUUACAGCCAACUCGAGCGACAGGUGACAAGCAAGGUGGAAACUCCUCGCUAUGGCCAAUUACUCGGUCUGGGUGGAACUUUUUCAGAUGCGAGCAGCGAGCUCGAGCUCGUCGCAGGACUCAGUGGACAUGUCAGCUACUCUGUCGGCGAUGAACACUCGAUGUCUGCACAUGCUAGUGCCGCAAGCCCCAGUGCUCCCUCAUCUACCAAAUGUAGUCCUGCUAUCUCCGGCGUCGGGACACCCGGUUUUGACCUCGGGCAUGUUGGGUUGAGCUCGGCACAUCAGUCACCGGGCUGGACGUCCCGAGCUCCAGGUGAUGCUGCGGACAGCUACUUUAACGUGAAGCAGUCCAAGGGGGUGCGUGAAAAUGUCUCGCAAUAUCGCCAGCGGAUUUCCAAGGCGAAGGUGAACCCGGCGGUGUCAUCAACACCAACGUCUCCGGGCAGGGUGGUUGGAAAACCGGCUUCUUCCGAAGAGAGCAAUCUACAGGACCCAACCCUGGUGGUCGCAUCUCCAUUGCAUGAGGCAAGAUUGCCAGCCGUUCUGUCCCCCGCUCAGCAAUCGUCUCGCCAGGCAUCGACCAACUCCUUAUACGCCCAGCUCCAACGGGAGCUACCACGUCCCUUCUCCGAUACCAUUGCACAACUGAUGCUUAACUCGAUCCCUUUGCACCUUUUCCUGGCAAAACCACAAAGUGGCGAAGUGAUAUGGACCAACGCCAAAUUUGAUGCGUACCGGAGAAGCCAGCCUCAGGAGCAGAAGCUGCGCGACCCCUGGCAGAACAUCCACAUGAGCGAGCGAGAUCAUGUCUCCAGUGAAUGGGCCCAUGCCCUGCGGACCGGCUCUCAAUUCACGGAACGAGUGCGUGUCAAGAGAUUCAACGACGAAUCUGCGUAUCGCUGGUUCAUUUUUCGAGCGAACCCGUUGUUAUCGUCGACUGGAGAAGUGCUAUAUUGGAUUGGUUCUUUCCUUGAUAUUCACGAGCAGCACAUUGCCGAAUUGAAGGCAACCCAAGAGCGCGAGAAGUUCGCCACGGAUGCCAAAUAUCGGGCGUUCUCGAAUUCCAUCCCGCAGGUUGUUUUCGAGGCGACCGAGAACCGCGGCUUGAUAUUUGUCAACGAGCAAUGGAAUCUGUACACGGGGCAGAAUCUUGAUGAGGCACUCAACCUUGGAUUCGCAAAACAUGUUCACCCAGAUGACCUCGAAAAAUGUGGCGGAUUGGCAUUCACAGCGAAGGCAAAUCCCACCGGUGCCCAAAUUACGGAAUUUGUCAAGGCUUCCGUUGACAGUUCGCGAGAGCACCCGUCUCUCGAAAGACACGGUGUUGCAUUUGCACUCGAUGAACUCGUGAAGCGUGGUGUUGCUUCCCUGCAAAAGGACGAAAAUGGACGUGUUUUCUAUUCCACAGAGAUUCGCCUGAGUUCACGCGGAGGUGAUUUUCGGUGGCAUUUGGUCCGCCUGGUCCGUGUUGAAACGAGCAGUUUUGGAAGCGAAGAAGCAUCCUGGUACGGCACAUGCACCGAUAUCAACGACCGAAAAAACCUGGAGAGGGAGCUCAACAAGGCAAUGCAACAACUCAACACUCAGAUGGAAUCUAAAACAAAAUUCUUCAGCAACAUGUCCCACGAAAUCAGGACACCACUCAACGGAAUCUUGGGCACCAUACCGUUCAUUCUCGACACGCAGCUCGACAGCGACCAAAGGCGAAUGCUCGAUACCAUUCAGAACAGUUCCACUAACCUCCGUGAACUGGUUGAUAACAUACUCGACGUCUCCCGGGUCGAGGCGGGUAAGAUGUCGAUGGUCAACUCCUGGUUCCAUGUUCGGUCGAUGAUUGAAGAUGUUAUCGACACCGUUGCAUCUCGAGCAAUUGACAAGGGCCUGGAAAUCAAUUAUCUGAUGGCCGCGGAUGUGCCGUCUAUGAUGAUUGGCGACCGUUUCAGAAUUCGCCAAGUCCUGAUUAACCUCGUCGGAAACGCAGUCAAGUUCACGGCACAGGGUGAAAUCUACAUCUGUUGCAAUCUGUCUCACGAUGCCUCUGCUACAGUCAAAGAAACGGAGGUAUUCCUGAACUUCGAUGUCGUGGAUACCGGUAAAGGGUUUAGCUCUCAGGAUGCGGAGCGUCUCAUGCAACGCUUCAGUCAGCUAGGAGAAAGCGCGUCGCAACAGCACGCUGGCAGUGGCCUGGGACUGUUCUUGUCUAAGCAGCUGGUGGAAAUGCAUGGUGGAAAGCUCACCCCCAGCAGUAAAGAAGGCCAAGGUGCCAAGUUUUCUUUCUACGUCAAGGUUGAUGCCCCCCCUGCUCCAUCGCCAUCCGAAAGGCCCCAGCUACUUCGACAGGCCUCGUCCGCCUCUAGAAGGCCCCCCACGUCUCGGACGACGUCCUACCAGAAGACACCGGGUGUGCCGCCACGAGACAUCGAUUCUAAGCAUCGGGGCGCCGGUCUGUUACCUGGCUCCGACUCUCCAGUCGCACACUCACCGGCUUAUGGGGAUCCCGUGUCACGUUCUGUGUCGAAAGGUCUUUACCCACCUUCUGCUUCAUCUUCCGCUCUCCCGACUCCCGACAUUGGGACUGUGGACUUGCCACCAGCGUUCGAUCAACCAAGCGAGAUUGGCCAAUCCAAUGCACGAUUGCAGCCAAGCGGGCUUACGCCAUCUGGUGCAGCUGUAUCAGACCCGUCUGCCCGUCUCACUCCGCCAAUGUCUCAGGCUACCGCAUCGGCGAGCAAGGAUCCAACAGGGCCCACAAGCGUCCCAUCACAAGGUCCAUUCUCGAUUGUAAUUCUUUGCCCACUUGACAAUGCGCGAAAGGCUACCGAGCAACAUAUAACACAGGUCGUGCCCCAUGAGAUCCCUUUUAAGGUUACGACACUACCGGACGUCGAUGAGUGGAAGGAUAUGAUGCAACCCGGCUUGAACGCACCUUGCACACAUCUCGUGCUCAACCUCCCAACGACAGAUGAUAUUCUCGAGGUCAUCCAACAUGUGGCAGACUCUGACGUCACUCCUGCUCCUGUCGUUGUCAUUAUCUCGGACUUGUAUCAGAAACGCCAAAUCAGCACGCGGGUCAAAGAGUUGGCGGCCACCGGGAAACAAGUGUUCAUUGUGCCGAAGCCCGUUAAGCCCUCUGCGUUUUCGACUAUCUUUGAUCCUGAUAGCAAGCGCGAGCUCAGCAAGGAUCGCAACCAAGACAUGGCACGAGAAAUCAACAACAACUUCAAGACAGUGUCCAAAAUGGUCAAGGAGGUCCUGGGAAACAAAGGAUAUCGAAUCCUCCUGGUGGAGGAUGAUGAGACCAAUCGUGAUGUCAUGUUGAAAUAUCUUGACAAGAUCAAGUUGAUGUCGGAGACCGCGUCGAAUGGACAGGAAUGUACGAACAUGGUGUUUUCCAAGGAGCCAGGGUAUUAUUCUCUCAUCAUUUGCGAUAUCCAAAUGCCCGUCAAAAAUGGAUACGAUACUUGCCGAGACGUUCGUGCCUGGGAACAGAAAAACCAUUAUCCCCAGAUUCCGAUCAUGGCUUUGUCGGCCAACGCGAUGACGGAUCAAAUCGAAGAUGCGGCUCGUGCAGGUUUCAACGACUAUGUCACCAAGCCCAUCAGGCAUAACGAGCUAGGCAAGAUGAUGAUGGGGCUCCUUGACCCUAGUAGCCGUCCUCUCCUGCUCCUUCGAGACCGCCUCAAUGCUGAAAACGACAACCCCACUUCUACUCGCCGCUAG